AUGGCAACUGUCAUAUCACGAAGUGUCUUUGAGAGAUCACUCACUUCUCCUUCCACCACCACCGCCACCAAUUCAAGUACCAUCAGUACUCCCAAUGCAGUACUCUCUAAUUUCAUACCUCAUUACCAUGAUGAUGCGAAUGAAGGAGGAGGUGAUUCACAUGACUCACAACAACGAUCAUUACAUUCUCACCAUGCUCAUCAUCAACCAUGUCAUGAGAGCAGCAAUCAUAAGAGUACAAAACUAACGACUCAUUCUUUGGUUCCAACAAUACAACAACAACAUCAACCACAAGAACCACAACAAGAACAACAACAACAACCUCAUCUACUCGCAUCAUCACCAACCAACCACACCUCUUCUUCGAUUCAACUCCCGCCCUCUACUCCCGCCAAAAAACCCUUCUACAGGAGAGGCAUUUUCAGAAUCUUGGAUGCCUUUUUCUUCCUCUUUCGAGUGAUACUCUUUCUAUUUAAAUUCUUUUAUUCUUAUAUGAAAUUAGUGAAUCAUCAAAACAAACAAAAACAACAUUGCAAAGUAUUAUUAGAAGAGAAAGUAGACAACUACAAUGAUUACAAACAAAUUGCAUUGUAUUUGGAUCAAUUAGAAGGUUAUGAUUUGUGGAAAUCUGAAAAUGAAACCAAACUCUAUGACUUUGAACAAAUUGAAAAUAUCAAUUACCAAAUCAUGGCCAUGUUAAGAAAAAAAGAUAUUCAUGGACUACAAUGGUUGCUGAGAGCUGAAUUACAUCGUAACAUUGCUGGUAUUAAUAAUGUUCAACUCUAUGAAUGUCAUACAGGUACUAAACAACUCAUUGAAGAAUAUAUUGAUUUGGUAUCCAAAUCAUGUCAUCUCAUUCGAGAGAGUGAUGAAUUGUCAUUGGAAGAGAAAUUGAAAUUCUUUAGAGAUACUUGUCAUGCCUUUGGAAGAAGUGCUUUAUUAUUGAGUGGAGGAGGUGGAUUAUCCAUGUAUCAUAUUGGUGUUGUCAAAUCUCUCUAUGACUCUGGUAUUUUACCCAAAGUCAUUAGUGGUAGUAGUGGUGGUAGUAUUGUGGCUGCAGUCUUGUGUACCAGACGUGAUGAAGAUCUCUCAAAAUGUUUUGAACCUGGUUCUUUUAAAUUAGAAGCAUUUGGUGGUAGUGAUGAUACUCCAGAGAGAUCAGCCAUGCGUAAAAUUAAUCGAUUAUUGAAUAAUGGUGUGAUUAUGGAUGUGAACAAGUUAGCACAAUGUAUUCGUGAGAAUAUUGGAGAUUUAACAUUUGAAGAGGCCUAUAAAAUUAGUGGAAGAGUAUUAAAUAUAACAGUGAGUGGACAAUCUGCAGGAUAUCAAACACAUGAAGGUCUAUUGAAUUAUUUAACUGCACCUAAUGUCUUGAUUUGGAGUGCUGCAGUGGCAAGUUGUUCAUUACCAAUGCUCUACAAAGCAGUUCCUUUGAUGGCCAAAGAUCGAGAUGGUAAUAUUGUACCAUAUCAUAACUUUCCAAAUCAGAAAUAUCAAGAUGGUACUCUCUUCUAUGAUUUACCAAUUACUCGUUUAGCAGAAUUAUUUAAUGUUAACUUCUAUAUUGCCUCUCAAGUGAACCCUCAUGUACUUCCAUUUAUAUCCAAUUCCAGAAAACAAAAGAAUUCUCUAUUUUCCAAUCUACUUUCACUCGUAUGCUCAGAAAUCAAAUAUCGAAUUGAACAAUUAUAUUCUCUAUCAUUAAUACCUGAGAGAUUUCGAUGGUUUGAAUUGGUCAUUUCACAAUCGUAUGAAGCUCAUGUCACCAUUGUACCUUGUGAUUUGAAUUUUGAGAAUAUGAAAAAGAUUCUCAGUAAUCCAACUGCUGAAUAUAUCAAUCAAGCAGUUCAUCAAGGAAUGAGAAGAACAUUUCCUCAUAUGAAUCGAAUUGAGAACAUGUUAAAGAUUGAAUUGACAUUGGAUUCAUGUUUGAGACAAGUGAGAUUUCAAUUAUUUAAAUCAUCACCACAAUUUGCCAUUCAAAUGUCAAAAUCCUCUUCACUCUUUAAUUUGGAGGAGGAAGAUGUCAUUGAUCAUGAAAUUGUUUCAUCCGACCCGAUAAUGAAUUCAAAACGUGGUGAUAGUGGUAGUACUACUACUACUACUACUGCCAUGAUGACAUGCACCAAUCCACAACAACAACACUCUUCACAUCAACCCCACCAUUCACUUCAAUAUCAUUCUCAACAUGCUUCUCAACAUCCUCCUUCUCCUUUGAGAAUUUGUAGUAGUAGUACUGGUGGUGCCAAUCAUCAUCAUCAUCACUCUCAUCAUGCACACCACCACAACAACACCAGCCCUCGUCAUUAUCACCCUUCUCAUCAUGCACACCACCACCAACACUGCCAACACCACCACGACCACCACCCUCACCACAACAACAACAACAAAUUGGAUCCAGAGCAGCAGCACAGUCAUUCUCCUCACAGUCAUUCUCCUCAUCUAGAUCACCUCCAUCAGCAGCAACCACAAUAUUCUUCAUCUCUUCUUUCACUCAUGGAUGAACUUGUUGUGGAUGAUGAGAAUGAUCGUCUUGUGACUCUUACCAAUAAUGAUCAUUCUACAACCAAUACCACCACCAAUACCACCAAGAAUGAACGAAUGAUCACUUCUGGUGAUUCUGAUUCACCACUAUCACCUUCACUAUCAUCACCACCCAACGUGAGAUCAAAGACUUUAGAAUCAGUGCUGACUGUCAAUACUUCAAACAAUCAAAGAAGAAAAAAGAAGGAGGACGAACAGUAA